AUGCCUUCCAAUGUAAAUUGGCUGGUGGUAGCGCGCUUCUUCGCCGACGCUUUAGAGCACGGCGGAGAGGCGCAACUACGUCGUUACAAAGGGCAGUUAAAGGCAUCAAGCUGGGACACUCCGAUGGAACGAUUUGAUCACGAUUUUGGAUUCGCACGGGCGUCGCUACAUCUGCGGCUUGCGCACCUAGCCGAAUUAUUGACGCCGACCAGGGGACGGGCGCCGAAGACAUUAUUGCCUGAACGGCCAGUGUUGAGGAUGACGACGGAUUCACAUACGACAGAACAUUUACGUACAGUGCACUUGAUGCGACCAGUCGCAUCGACAGAUUCUACGUGCCACAAGCCUGAACGUCAGCAGUGGCAGUGUGUGUCAGUAGUAGAGCCGCCCACCUACCCUCCGACCACCAACGGCAAAAUUGCUGGACGAGCUCGUAGCAGCGGAAGUCGGCCAGUCGAAACGCACUUGAUGACGAGAAAGGAGCCGUUGGAAGUUACGGUGGAAGAGGAUUGCGAGGAGCACCUCUUCGGUGGGGCAACGGCUCGAACGGACAAUGGAGCAGCUUCGGUGGAAAUCCAGGCGAAUUUUCAAGCGGAAGAAGGUUCAUCCAUUACAGCCAUCCGUCGCAUUAACGGUGCCGACUUUAUGCUGGAGAUAUCACUGGUAGGUAGGUUCGCUUUAGAAUAG